GCUUUGUGGCAUUGAGCUCUCCCCUUCUGUCCGUCGGGUUGGCGAACUUGAAUGCCCCAAACAAGGCGGAUCGCGACGCUUGGAUCCGUGACCUGCGGCCAAAGUUGGUGGCUGCAGAUAGUGUGGGCAGCAGGUCGUUGGGUUUGGCCCAUGACCAGCCACUGCCGUCAUCCCUUGCCCCCGGAACCUCUGGGCGGAUGACCAUCCAUCUGGAGCUCGGCAAGCCGGAAGACGACCAGAAAAAGGGCGAGGCAUGUCGCGGGGAAAAGAGCCUGCGAUUGGCCUUCGAGGGGGCAGUGGCUGGCAAGGUGGUGCAAAGUUCACCCCUCCGUGUGAAGUUGCAGUGCCGACGGAGCACGCAGAGCUUCGUGUACACCUUCCAGGACGUCGAUGGCUCCACGCAGCAUGCAGCUGCGGUUCUCCCUCAGACUGAUUGCGGAGGCCACGCAUGUCCUGUGCUCAUCAGCCUAUCUGGAACGAGCAUCAGCGCCAGAGACAGUGCUGACUCCUACAAAUUCAAGGCACGUGGUUCCGAAGACUACACGUUUGGCGUCCAUGGUGCCUGGCUCAUCGCGCCCACGCGACAUGGGGCUCACAAUUGGGAAGGUCCUGGCCUCGCUACAGCUCGUGGCGCCCUGAGGGCCUCGGUGGAGGUCGCCCGGCGCCUCGCAGCUCAGGCCCCAGACCUUGAUGCCAUUCUCGUGGCUGGGCAUUCCAUGGGUGGCCACGGUGCCUU